AUGUCAACCGGACAUCCAGACGACAUUGAGCUUUCGAGAGUCAGAGGUACUGCUACUAGCGAACCUCUUGAUGAUACCAAGAAUGAUUCUAAUAUCGAAAAAAAAGAUGAUAUUAUGGUUAGAAGUGGUAUAAAUGAAGCGAUUGACCCGCAUAAACAACUCACAUUUGCGGUUGAUACUGACGCAGAUGCUGUAGAUGGAACAGAUGGUGCACAAGAUGCAAAUAUCGCAGACAAUGCAGAUGCUGCAGCAGAGACCACUGUACGUUUAGAAGAUUCUGACGAUAAACCACCUGAUGGUGGCUUUAAAGCGUAUUCCGUGUUAGUAGGUUCAUAUUUUACGAUUUUGACUAACUUAGGUCUUAUUAAUUCUGUUGGUGCGAUUCAAACAUAUAUUUCUGAGCAUCAGUUGGAAGGUAUAAAUGCUAUAAGUGUUUCAUGGAUUUUCUCUAUCUACCUUUGUCUUGCGUAUGGGGUAGGGCUUGUUACAGGUAGUGUAUUCGAUAAGAGAGGUCCUUUAGGACUAUUGAUCGUAUCGGCUGUGUUAAUAGUUGUAGGUUUAUUCGGUGCAGCUUACAGUAAGACCGUGUAUCAAUUUAUUUUGAGUUUUAUGGCUGUUGGAAUUUCAAAUGGGUUAUCGCUUACCCCAUCGGUUGGUGUAAUCAACCAUUGGUUUUCCAAUAAAAAGAUUGGUACGAUUCAAGGGCUCUCCACUAGCGCAGGGUCCUUAGGUGGGUUAGCAUUCCCAUUAUUAUUGAGAUAUUUAUAUCCUACCUAUGGAUUUUCGAUAGCGCUUAUUGUUUUGGGAUGUAUCUGUUUCGCUUGUAUGUUAAUUGGAAUUGCUUUAAUCAGAGUAAGAGUAAAGAGAAAGCCACAAGAAGUAGGUUCCUUAUCUGAUGCAAGACCUGAAGCAUUGUCAAAAUGGAAGAAAGUAAAGAAGGAAUCAAAAGUUUUGAGUUUCAAACAUUUGAAAGAUACUAAAUACGUUCUUCUUAUUAUUGGUGCAUUUUUCGCAGAACUUUCAUUAGUGUUGAUUGUCACCUAUUAUGCUACUUACGCGAUUGCACAGGGAGUUUCCGAAUCGACGGCUUACAUAUUGUUAACUGUUUGGAAUGCCACUGGUAUUUUAGGUAGAUUUUUGCCAGGCUUGGGUUCUGAUUUCCUUGGGAAGUUCAAUGUGAAUAUAUUGAUGCUUAUAGGCUACAACUUAUCCAUAUGUGCAUUGUGGGUUCCUUUUGGGCAUAACUUGAAGGUUUUGUAUGCCUUUGCAGCUCUUGGAGGUUUUUUUCUGGGACUGAUUUUGUCAAUGGUUCCGAUUUGCUUAGCCCAAGUUAGUUUGGUUGUGGAAUUUGGGGAAAGGUAUGGUUUGUUGAACUUCUUCCUUAGUUUGGGUAAUUUGUUCGGUGUUCCGAUUGCAGCUGUUAUUAUUGGAAAUGGUAGCGUCCAUAACUAUAAUAUGUUUUCAAUUUUGGUGUGUGUAUGCUCUGUCAUUGGUACUUUAUUCUGGUAUUUGAGUAGACAUUCAAUCGUUGGAUUUAGAUUGAAUGUAAAAAUUUAA